AACCUAACUUCCACGAAGCCAUAUUUACCUUUGAUGUGGUACGUACAAAUAUGUUCUGUUCUCUUCUAUUCCAUGUUUGAAAAACACUGCUCUAAUUCAACCCUUUUACUUUUAAAUAAGUGAAAGCACUAAGAAGUGCAAUAAUUUGUAUUUAUCCAGGAGAAAUGGUCAGAACCAAGUCUCCCCAACCCUUGAUGUUGGAUGCCUCAGGACUCUGUCCUCUCUUGUCUCUUUAUACUCUUAGUCACUUCCUUGGUCACCUCAUGACUUUAAACUCCGUGGAUAUACCAGUGACUUUCAAGUUUAUAACACCAACUCGGUUCAACUGUAUCCUCCACAAAAGUACUCUUGUGAAGGCCACCGUAACUCCAUGCUACUAAACCCAGUGUACUGUUCUCACCUUCAUCUACCAACAGCAUUUGAUCCCUUGAUCACUCCCUCCUCCACCAUGUAAUCUCAUAGCUCUGCAAACUUCACAAAAGGAUUUCUGAUUCACCCUUCCCUAACUCCACCAUCACACACCUGUUCCUCCCUUAUAGGUGACCCUCUUAGAAGAAUACUCCUCAUUCUUCUAGUUGAGGCUUUCAGCCACAUUGAUUUUGAGAGCUUAACAUCUAAGAAAACACCAAACCACUUUAAAAAGUAGAAAACCUGUAUGAUCAUAUCAAUAUAUGAGAAAAAUCUAGCCAACAUGCAAAACAAAAUUUCAAAGGAAAAUAGGAAUAAAAGGGAACCAUUUAAAUACAACAGAAGUGCCAAAAAUAACAAAAAUAAAGAGGGAGCAGAGCAAUGGUAAAAAACUAAAAAUAAUAGCAAUGAAUAUUAUCCUAAAGAACAAAAUACUUAAUACCACUAUGUCUGUUAAAACCAGGAACUAAGGAGGGAUGCCUGCUAAAAUUAUUAUUUGACUUUUCUUGGAGAUUCUAGAAAACACAGUAUGAAAAGAAAAUACUUGAUAGUCACAUUGAAGAAAACAAACAGUGAAAUUAUUUUGUUGAUGACUAGAAAAAAUCAAGGGAUUCUAAAGGGUAAAGAAAGAAAGCGAAACUAGAAUUACAGAAGUUGGAAAGUUAGCUGGUAGAAGACAUCAAUACAUUUCUUCCCUCCUAACAAUAAUACCUAAAAAAAGAAAGAAAAUGAGAAGAGUAUUCCAUUUACAAUAGAAACAAGUCUGUAGACUAAUUAGGAAUACAAUUAAGAAAAUACAUGACAUACAAAAAACAAUUAAAUCAUAAGUCAACUGAAAAAGUGGGAAGAUAUUUUUGAAUGGGAAGAAAAUGUCGCUGCUAAGCUUCUCACAAAAUAAACCAAAAAUAAUUUUAACACAAUUAAAAUUAGAACCAAAUACAGUCUUUUGAAUAUUGACUAAAGUGGUUUAAAAGUGUAUAUUGGACGUAUACAUGCCCAAGAACAGCCAAGAAAUUUUACAUAACUGUGAGUGGGAACUUGCUACCUUAGAUAUCAGAGCAUAUUAUAAAGCCAUUAUAAUCAAAUUAAUAUGGUAUUGACAAAGGAAUAGACAAAAAGAUCAGUACAAAAGAGCAAGAAUUGAGAAAUAGAUGCCAUUAUAUGAGAAUUUAAUAAAUAAUAAAGAUGGUACAUUUUUGUUCAGUGGGGAAAUGGAUGGAUUGUUUCAUAAAUUGAGAACAACUGGCCAUCCACAUGGAAGAAUGUACAUUUUCUAAUACCACAUAAAUCCUAAAUGAACUAAAGAUUAAAAACUUUUUUUUUUAAAGCAAUGAAUUUUUAAAAAGAAAAUCUAGAAGCCUGCAUAAGUAAUGGAGGGAGUUGGCCUUCUUAACCAAGAGUGGAAAUGUAGAAGCUGUGAAACUUGUAACUAAAACAUUUUAGUAUUUUAAAAUUUAUAUACAUGUGUGUAGUCUGUAAUGUAAUACAUACUCUCACCUAGCAAUCCCAGACUGAGGACUUUAUUUGCACCAUGGUGAGCAGCGAUAACUGGGAACAAUGUGAAUGCCUAUCAAUAGGAAAUGGAUGAAUAAAUGAUGCUACUUCAUGUGAAAUAUGUUUUAAAAAAUGAGGAAGCAUGUAAUUAGACCAGUUGACUAAAAGGUUUUGUUAAUAGAGAAAAACAAGAUGCAGAGAAGGGUAAUAUCACCAUCUUGUUAAAAACAAACAAACUGACCGAAAAGCAAAACAAGGCAUGUUUUGGGUAUUUUUUUUUUUUUAUGUAAGUCUGAGUUCAAAGGAAAACAUGCAUGACUACAUACCAGUUUGUUUACGUGAGUUAGGGAAGGGGGAGCAAGAGUGUGAAUUGUCCAUAUGUGAGGGGAGGAAAGGAGCCAAGCAGAACAAUGGAAAAAAGGAAAAGACCAUUAGAAAAAACAGAACAACCGGUUUUUAAUAAAUUUGUAUAUGCAUAUAUAAAGUUCUACAACUAAUUGAGCUGCACCGAGUAAGCGCAAUUCAUGCUAUCUUUGUUCAGUAUGAACAAAAUAGACAAGCUAGUAAAAUCUGAACCCCAGAAUUUAUUUAAAUUCCAAAAGCUUUACGGGGCAAUUCUGCGAAAAGGCUCCCAGUAUUAAUGUAGGGUGGUGUCACCAGGGUUGAAAGCCCUGCACGCGAUGAAAUACGAUCCAGUUAGGCACGGAGUGGGAUUUUCAAGUAUUAUCCAAUCAGGGCAGUUCUGUUGCUAGAAAGGAGCAGAAAAAGCGAGUGAGAGCUUUUGAGCUUCAGCUCUAAAACUGCAUGGCAGCCAAGCUCCUUUGUUUGGGCAAUGGCUCGCACCAAACAGACUCCGCGCAAGUUAAGACGAACCUCUGCUUCCAGAGCUCCGCCACGAAGGUGCUACAUACGUGCGAGGCCUACGUGACGGGGUUAUUUGAGGACACCACCUGUGCCCCAUCCACGCCAAACAGGUCACCAUCAUGAUCAAGGACAUCAAGCGUUUUAACUAUAGGUUUCGCUGUUUACCCCAAAAGGACUUUUCAGGGCCAACAGGUUUUGGAAAAGGCUGCCUGAACAAUAGACCCUGAUGACACAACGCGCAGGACGGGAGUAGACCCAUGUCUGCACGUACUACACGCUUCAAGUCUGGGGCAGAGGUCCGAUCUUCGUGGCUAAUUAGUAUGGGAUGCCAAGGUGACGGGUAUGGCCAGAAAGGCCCCCCAGGUGAUUCUAAUUACAGGACAGUUGCCUCUGGCAGAGAAAACUAGGCAAGGGACUUAUUCGGAACCACCAUAAAACCUUUGAAGACCUACCACUCGGUUAAGAUUUAAUGCUCAGGUGCGAAGACUAAGAACUCGCAGAGUAAUCCUGGUGCUAAGCAAAGCUAUUUUUUUUUUUCUUCCUUUUUUACAAGUGGCUGAAAAAUCUGUUACUAGAGCUCUUUUCCUGAAAUAUGUAGGUGGCUCUUAAAAGAGCCGUUUGGUUAUUGAAGAAGCUUCCAACCAGAACUUUACUUUUUCUUGGGAGCCGCCUUCUUGGGCUUGGCAGUCUUCGGCUUGGUCACCUUUGUCUUCGCUCCUUUAGGCUUCACCGCCUUAGCUUUAGCAGGGCUCUUAGAUACCUUCUUGGCCUUCACAACCUUAGGCUUCUUGGGACUCUUAGAUUUUCUUACCACCGCAGGCUUCUUAGCCUUCUUCGGAGUCUUCACACUUUUCUUGGCGGUAGCCCCAACAGGCUUUUUAGGCUUCUUAGCGCCUGUUGCUUUAGCUUUGGCUGCCACCUUCGUGUUGCUAGGCUUGGCUUCAGCGGAAGACGCCUUCUUGUUGAGUUUGAAGGAGCCCGAGGCGCCGGUGCCCUUGGUCUGCACCAGGGUGCCCUUGCUCACCAGGCUCUUCAGGCCCAACUUGAUGCGGCUGUUGUUCUUCUCCACAUCGUAGCCGGCAGCUGCCAGCGCUUUCUUGAGUGCGGCAAGGGACACGCCGCUGCGCUCCUUAGAGGUGGAAACUACCUGCACUAUAAGCUCCGACACAGACGGUCCUGCGGGUUUCUUGGUAGUAGGGGCAGCCUUCGACGGCUUCUUCGCCUUCUUGGCAGGGGGAGCUUUCUCAGGAGGCGUGGAAGCAACCGGGGCGGGCGGCGCGGUCUCCGACAUGGCGACACCAGGAAAGAGCAGAAAAAACCACUAGGACCUGACAAGACAGGAGAACGCAAAGGGGCCCGAGAGCCGCGUAUUUAUAGGGCGGGACCUUGUCGUGAUUGGUGCGCGCCGACGCCCGCCCCCCGAGCGCCCCCUGUGCCGCCACCUAGCACACUGGGUUUCAGAUGGCUGCAGGAGGCAGAGUAGGCUUAUUGCGCUUCUCUCUGACGCGCAAGCGCACCCAGACAGCGGCGCCUGCGGUCCCAAGGCUUUCCCAUGUAGAGAUGGAAACAGUGAGUGGGAUAGGGUCGAGCUCUCUGUUGCCCAGCCACGUCAGAGUGCUACUUUCCUCCCCCAAAACAGGUGGUGUGUGUUUUGGUUUGGUUUGCAAAUAGAGGGAGGCCAUCUAAAUUCCAAUCACCUGACAAUUUCACCUCGAUCUCCAGAAAUCACUAACACCGCAGUUAACAUUCAUGUUGUAAGUGUGGAAGGUUUGUCAGAGCAAAUGCAGUUUUUGUAGUUGGAUGUUAUUUCCGCAGCCUAACAUAUCUCACACACGAAUGUUCUAUGCCCUUGUUAAUCAUCCGUUCCUACAACAUACCCCGAACAAGCCCAAAUGUUUACACCCUAUAUAUGUUCCACAUCACCAUAUGCUAUUACCACAUGGUGAUUUUUUUUUUAAUUGAAGAAAUAUCAAGAGCUCAAAAUCGAGCACUGAAGUUAAAUGCAGAGUGGACUACACAGUUUCCUAAUACGCUUUAUGACCGGGGUUGAUCUCGCCUUAUUGGGGAAGCGACAGGGGACGUCCUAGGAGUAAGAUUUUGGGGCAAUCCUUUAACUUGUCUGAUGGUAUAAAGAGCAUUUGGAAGCACCAAGGAGCUGAGCGACUUCACAUUGCGAACCAGAGACUAACAGAAUAAAGCAGUGAUGAACCAGGGUCUCAUUACACUUUCCUGCCCAAGGUUCCGAGCUCCUAGCCCUUCCAUGAGCUUGGAUAUCACGUAUUAUUCGCGCGCGCGCGCGGUUGCUGUUCUCAAACAAGUCCGGCCUUAGAGCAAGCAAACUGACUGUCUCCACCUCCCUCAAACCACCUAACUGUAGCAACAACCGAUUCUAAUAAGUCAAAGAGGAGCUCACUUGUAAAGGUCCUAGAUACAUUUCCCUCCCGUUUUCUCUAUUACUUUCUCCUGUUACCCAUUUUGGGACUUUAUAGUUUUAAAAUAUAUUACAUUCUUUUUGUUAAGAAUUUAGAAAAGAGCCAGUGAGAACAAAAUUGCGCUUCUUUUUGUUUGAACGCUAGUUAAUUGCAGAACCCUCGAAUACAAACUUCCUGUACAGGGGUUUCGUGAAGAGUACACUUUUUAAGAAAACAGACUUCUAUUUGUGGAUGUAAUCAAACGCUUCCAGCAGUAACAACCACCAAACACUGCUAAAAAAAAAAAAAAAAAAACUCCACAAAUGAGCUGACUGAAGGAAGGUUUCUACCCUAGUUUCAUUGAAAUAAUGGUUUUCGCCUCCUGAUUUUCGGUUGAGCUGGCUUCAAAAACAAUGGAACCCCUGUGCAAAUAAGGUGUGCUAGAUCUGCUUUUUUAUUGGCAGUUGAGUAAAGGUUUCUUAACCAAUAAAAAGGGAUAAUCUGUGCUACCUCCUCUUUGUGUAAAAUGAUCACAUCUUACGUUCUGUGAGGUUUUCCUUAUAAGGAAAUAAGUUGUUGGGUUUUGCCCACUUCGAAUCCACUACUCUCUCUGUCAGGACCAUUAUUACGAACUACUGGGGGCCGGCAUGCGGGUUCACGGGGCGGCUGUGCUCGAAUACCUGGCAUCCGCCAUUUUGGAGCUGGUGCGCGACGUGGCCGGCACCAACUAGAAGACGCCAUCAUCCCGCGCCACUGGCCGCUGGCCAACCGCAAGGCUGAGCAAAGUCGCCAUCGCGCAGGGCGGAGUCCUGCCCCCAAAGACCGAGAACUACAAAAAGGACAAAUAUUUCCGCUCUUGGUGGCAUGUAGGUUUUAGAGAUUAUUAAAAUGUUAAAAGUUCACUUUCCUGAGCUGCCUGCUCGCGCAAAAGGAAGUCUUGCACCUUCCACUCUGAUCAGCCAAAUUGUCUUUAUUAAAGUAAUACCACAGCCGCUUUACAUCUAGGGAAGUGUUCUCUAGGCUUCAGGAUGUAAAACCUUGACAGCGCUCUAAGUGUAGAAAUUAGAAAACAGCGAAAAAGGACACAGGUUACAGAAAAUGUUUCGGCGAACGCCGGUGUAUUACUUCGAUAUCUAAGGUUAUUACUUGUAGGUUUCAAUGAAAGGUAAAGGUUCUCGGUCACUUAAAACAUCACAAAGGACUCCCUUUUUUUUUUUUUUUUUAAAGGUUUCGCGGACUUCUAAACUAAUAUCAGGUAGAAUAGCAUUGACGUAUACAUUUCACGGGGGUGGGGGAGAAAGGGCAAUAUUCCCUUUUUUCCCCGAUGAACUGAAGGAUUUCACAGAACUGAGGGACUACAAUAUCAUUGAAAUCUAGUUUUAUGAGGAAAUUAACUGCUCUAUCAAACGCAUCGCGUUCAGACUAGUGAAAGUUGAGAAAAGAAGGUAAAAUGUGAAAGGAGCAGAGCGCAGAAUAUAGUAGCCAAUGAAACUGCACCAUUGCCAGAAGGCGCGCUUAAAAAAAGACCAAUCAGAACAUAGCGCGCGAUAUUUGAAUAUUUUCUCAUCCAAUCACUACACCUCAGGAACUAUAAAUACUAGCAAAGACGCUGGGGAAAGUACUGGCAUCAGUUCUUAACCGUCUGCUUCUACCUUGUUUAUCAUGGCUCGCACAAAGCAAACUGCCCGUAAAUCCACCGGUGGCAAGGCGCCCCGUAAGCAGCUGGCCACCAAGGCUGCCCGCAAGAGCGCCCCGGCCACCGGCGGCGUGAAGAAGCCCCACCGCUACCGGCCCGGUACCGUGGCGCUGCGCGAGAUCAGGCGCUACCAGAAGUCCACCGAGCUGCUGAUCCGCAAGCUGCCUUUCCAGCGGCUGGUGCGCGAGAUCGCGCAGGACUUCAAGACCGACCUGCGCUUCCAGAGCUCGGCCGUCAUGGCGCUGCAGGAGGCGUGCGAGGCCUACCUGGUGGGGCUGUUUGAGGACACCAACCUGUGCGCCAUCCACGCCAAGCGCGUCACUAUCAUGCCCAAGGACAUCCAACUCGCUCGCCGCAUCCGCGGAGAACGAAUUGGUGUCCUCAAACAGCCCCACCAGGUAGGCCUCGCACGCCUCCUGCAGCGCCAUGACCGCCGAGCUCUGGAAGCGCAGGUCGGUCUUGAAGUCCUGCGCGAUCUCGCGCACCAGCCGCUGGAAAGGCAGCUUGCGGAUCAGCAGCUCGGUGGACUUCUGCGGUGGGGCUUCUUCACGCCGCCGGUGGCCGGGGCGCUCUUGCGGGCAGCUUUGGUGGCCAGCUGCUUGCGGGGCGCCUUGCCGCCGGUGGACUUGCGGGCUGUCUGCUUGCACGGCCUGGAUGUUGGGCAGGACACCGCCCUGCGCGAUGGUGACUUUGCCCAGCAGUUUGUUGAGCUCCUCGUCGUUGCGGAUGGCCAGCUGCAGAUGGCGCGGGAUAAUUCGAGUCUUCUUGUUGUCGCGGGCAGCGUUGCCCGCCAGCUCCAGAAUCUCGGCGGUCAAGUACUCCAGCACCGCUGCCAGGUACACGGGAGCACCAGCACCAACACGCUCGGAGUAAUUGCCCUUGCGGAGCAGACGAGGGGUUACAGUCCCCCUGGGGAGCAAGGCAAAGAAGAGGGUGACGACAGCGCAGCCCUAAGACCCGACCACAAGAGGGAGAUGGUCCUAGACAAGGCCCCAGAAGAACUCAAAGGCGACAUGACGCUCAGCCAACUGGAGAUGCAGUUGAAAACAUCUUCCCCCUCCAAGACCCCCACUGGGAACACAAUCGCACAGCAGAAGCUGGUGUACUUGGUGACGGCCUUGGUGCCCUCGGACACCGCGUGCUUGGCCAGCUCCCCGGGCAGCAGCAGGCGCACGGCCGUCUGGAUCUCCCUGGACGUGAUGGUCGAGCGCUUGUUAAACUUCAUAAAGCCAAUCAGGUCGCUUCAAACUAUAUUUAAAGGCAAUUUUACCACCAGUUUGCUAGACUUUUUGUUUGUUUUCAGUCUCUCCGUGAUGGCUCGUACCAAGCAGACAGCCCGCAAGUCCACCGGCGGCAAGGCACCCCGCAAGCAGCUGGCCACCAAAGCUGCCCGCAAGAGCGCCCCGGCCACCGGCGGCGUGAAGAAGCCUCACCGCUACCGGCCCGGCACCGUGGCGCUGCGCGAGAUCAGGCGCUACCAGAAGUCCACCGAGCUGCUGAUCCGCAAGCUGCCUUUCCAGCGGCUGGUGCGCGAGAUUGCGCAGGACUUCAAGACCGACCUGCGCUUCCAGAGCUCGGCCGUCAUGGCGCUGCAGGAGGCGUGCGAGGCCUAUCUGGUGGGGCUGUUUGAGGACACCAAUCUGUGCGCCAUCCAUGCCAAGCGCGUCACCAUCAUGCCCAAGGACAUCCAGCUGGCCCGCCGCAUCCGCGGGGAGAGGGCGUAAAUUGCCACUUUUCCCUUUGACUUCAAAAAGGCUCUUUUCAGAGCCACCCACACUUUCACUCAAAAGUGGUUGUACUCUUAAUUUACCUAUUUUGCUUACUAGCCACCUGUAUGUAUGUAAAUGCCCACUGAAAGCUUAAUUCAGCUGAGUCAAAGACAACCGUUUCUUUUUAAAAGAGGCCACUAUCUGUUAAGGUUUGAUGGCUGACGAGGUAUUAAACUGCAGAGCUUCUGUCUCGCUGAGGUAGAUUGGCGGGGACACCCUAGGGCUUUAAAGUUUGUAAAAUCUAGUGUUCCCUUAGGAUGGAAAGUUCACAUUCCAAUUUAUAAAAAGUUCGUAUCCACAAUAUUCAGAAAGAGGAUAUUUUAUGAAUACACCGCAGUGUUUUUCUGUAUUUUUGUCUGUAUACUCAGAUUAUGUCUUCAAAAUUAAUUUGUAUUUUCUACAUGGACAAUGGGAAGAUAUUUCCUAGCAUGUUUGAUCACAGCUUCUUUUCUGUUAUUGACAAUUUAGAAGUUUCAGUUUUAAAACAUUAUUGGGUGUCCAGUAAUUUUCAGGAUUUUUUUCCAAUUUAGGAAAUCCUGUAUCAAGCUUCUUUCCUAUGUGAAUGAAAAAAAUCGGGAGAACUCUUCACAGAUUAGCUACAGGGUCAGUAUAUUUUAAAUCUUAAUUCUCCUGUGCACUAAGCACUUACUCUCAGUGGGGGGCGCAACGGGUAUGUGGAUGUCUUGCUGUGACAUCUUGCCCUGCAUCUUCUUGUGAGCAUUCCAGGUAUCCCAGCAAAUAGUAGUUUUCUUUGAAGCCAUUCUUUCAUCAGUUUAGUUAACAAAAACUGAGCUAUAUAGGAGCACGCCUAUAAAUCACUUACCUCAUUAACCCCAAACUAAACGUAUCUCCAACUAAAUUUUCUCUUACACAAAUCCCAAAUACACUCACCAACGUUCCAAUAUAAUCAGACACAAGGUGAAUUGUAAUGGAAGGGAAGACUGAGUGGAAAUCAGCAACCAUCAUAAACAACUGUAAGUAAAAUACCUUAUUAUUGCGAAAUUAAAAACAAACCAAAAACUAUUAAGACCAAGUAAACGCACUGUUAAGGCCUUUCCCAGGGCCUUGGAAAAAAAAAAAUUGCUGAGCCUGAUGCUUCCAUUACCCGUCCCCAACCCAGUGCCAUGGAGUCAAUUCUGACUCAUGAGAACUGGCUAUGCUUUUCAAAAUUAUACAUGGGGUUUCUCUGCCCCCUGCCAGUCUGGUCCAAUACACUUCGAUGUGAGCACCCUAGGAAUUAAUUGAGUAUCUCUGGUCUGGAGUGUCUGCGUAGUCGGGGCUUAGUGGUUAAGGUGAUGGGCUAGAAAUCCAUUGGGGUUUCUCUGUGCAGGUUUGGUUCCUGCUGACUAUGAGCAUUUUUGGAACCCUGAUGGCGCAGUAGUCAACAGCUUGGCUGCUUAACCAAAAGGUCGGCAGUUUGAAUACACCAGCCGGUCCUUGAAAACCCUAUGGGGCCAGUUCUUCUCUGUCCUGUAGGGUCACUAUGAGUCAGAAUCGACUUGAUGGCAAAGGGUUUGUUUUUGUUUU